UGAAAAUGGAUUUCUCUCCAGCCGAUAUGAUGUGGCAGAUAUUAAAAGGACUUGAAUGAAUGUAAGCUUUCACAGACGAGCGGGGAGGCAGCAAAAGGGAGAAGAGACAGGCAGACAGAGAGAAAAAGACUGGUGGGAGGACGAAUGUAGAAACAGGGACAGACAUGUGCGUUAACAGUCAGUGAAACAGUCUCUGACAAGUAGACGAGCCUAGUGGUGGUUGAUAGUCAUCAGUCCAGGAACACUUUGGCAGUGGAUAUCACAGCUGCAGUGAGAAAUUUCAAAAAAGAAGAUGGGGCAUAUUGGUGGUGGUGGUGAUUCUCCCUCUUAUACACUUGUUAUUAACAUCGUAUCUCUGUGGAGACUCUUGUAUUGGAAGAAAUGAGGCAGAGCACACAGCAGUUAGGACCUGAGGCGAGUCCCACGCGAAUCAGCCGCACAGCAAACAAACCAGUUAAAUGACAACAGUCCCCCACCCCCCGUUCAACAAGUCAGCAAAAUCAAUCUGUUUUACUUUUCUAAACUGAGGCAGAAGUGUGAAUGAGUCCGGUGUGGAAUAGGAGAUAUUCUGAAUGACUCUGGCGUGGCUAGGAAGAGUGAUACUGAAUGACUCUGGUGUGGAAUAACAAUUAUUGGGAACAACUCUUGCUUUUCUGGAUGACUGCAGCACAAAAUGAGGAUAGAGACUAAGUGGAAGGAGAGGAGAGAAAAAGAAAGAUGAGAGGUAAAAAUCGAUAUUUGAGAGAGAGAGAGAGAACGCAGGCAGGGGAUAAGAAUGAACGUGUGAUACUAGCAAAGAGAGAGAGGGAGGAAUAAAGUAACGGGAAGUUAGGUAAUGGUCUUCCACAGGAAAUGGAGUUUGUAGGGGCGGAUUGACUCUGCUUUGAAAUACAUAGAUAAAGGUCGCCACCAAGAGAGAGAGGGAGCAAGAGAGAGAGCGAGAGAGAAAAAGGGAGGGUUUCAGUAUGCGAGUGAAGAAGGAAUUCCCCCGCCUCUACUGCCCCGGCCAAGAAGUAGUGUGUGUGUGUGAGAGGAGUGCAUGCAGAAAGGCUUGUCUGGGCAAAUUGCAAAGUGCUCCUCACUAUUUCCAUACAGUGUUGUAAGCUUACAUUGUGUUUACCGUACAAUAUGGCCUCCUGUUUUCAUUAUGUACCUGGUAUGUCUGCAGGCCUUGUGUAAUAGUCUCUGGAAUAAGGUGGGCAAGUGCCGAAGUCGCGCAACGAAGACAAGACAGGAUGAGAGAGACAGGAGGAAAAUAGUGCAAGAGGAAAAGGAGGGGAAAGAAGAAAAAACUAGGCAGAGCAAGAGGGGAACGCCAAGGAGAAUCUCUGGGAUAAAUAAAUAAAAAGACUUGUUUGGAGAAAAGGCAAGCUAGAUGAAAAGAUGAAGCCGAUUAAAAAGCAGGGCCGGCGCUCUCCUCCUUCCACUCGGGCCAAAGGGGGAAAGCGUCGUGGAGUGGGGGACGCCCCAGAGGGAGGAGAGAAGAGAGACUCAGAUGAGAACAGAGACAGAAGCAGAUCACCACAAAACCAAACUUCCUCCUCUUCUUUUUCCUCUAAUUCACACUCAGAGUCCUCCCAGGCCGACCCAAUCAGAGCGCGGGACACUUCAGACAGGGAGGGGCUAUCAGAGACGACGGUGUCGCUUGUGAUGGAUUCUGAGAAGUUGUUGACAUCCUCGGAUGACAGAUCAGGGAGGUCAGCUGUGAGCAGCGGGAGCCACAGUGACAGCGGAGGCAGCAGCUGUAGUAACAGCAGUACACCGAGCGCCAACAACAGCCCGAACCCCGCCUCCAGCCGAAAAACCGCCACCUUCAAGGCCCUCCCCAAGAAGAAGUACACCUCUGAACACUGCUUGUCUAACACUGCUGGUAACCAUAGCAACCCUGCCUCCAGCACGCCCCCUCCUCUUCCUCUGAGCAGUGGGGUCCUCAACCACGGGUCAACAGGUUCAGGAAGUGACAUCAGCAUCUCACACCCUGAUGGCGGUGGUCAGAGUCGGAGCCUGAUGGACGACUUCCAGGUCAGGACUACUGGCAGGGAGGGGACUCAGGACAGCUCCCCAGGACCCCCCACCCUGUCGCUGGGAGUGGAGAGGGAAAGGCCUGGAGGAGGGGAAGGGGUGAGAGACGCAGAGCGAGUGUCGCCCAGCCCCCUCCCCCGCUGCUCCUCGACCGACACCGCCAGCGAGCACUCAGCUGAUCUGGAGGUAGUUGGCGACACGCGUGCCCUCACACAGAUGUCUGCACACGCACCAUCCAGUCUCCCUGACGCACUGUCAGACGCCCUCGCCAAAGGGCUGAAGAAUCAGCGUGUCCUCGCCCGCCAGCUCAGGAGGAGAAUUGACGAGGAAGGAGGAGGCGAAAGGAGGGAUGAAGGAGGGAUUUCAGACCUGGUGUUCCGGGCUGGGGUGGUCCGUAAGGUCAGCGGCGAAUAUGGAAGCCUGGAGGUGCAACUGAAUGGGGAGAAGACGCUGUGUCGUUAUCCGUAUCGCCAUGACAGCCCCCCAGGGGUGGUGGACAUUAUUCUAGAUGCCCCGCCGCCUGGUGUCCAUCCAAUACCUAUUGGCACCCGUGUCUGUGUACCGUUUGGCAAUGAGGAGUGCAGCGAGGGCCAGUGGCAGUGGUACCGAGAGGGUGUGGUGACUCAGGUAGACACUCACCCUGCAGUGGCCAACCGCUACCGUGUCCUGCUGUCUGAGGAGAGGGCUCACUCUGUGGACGAGGAAGAAGACGGCAGAGGGGCAGCUGGUGCUACUCAGGCGGUGUGGGUCUCCCGACAAACACUCCGGCUUCUGGUGCCACCUUGGGAUCUGGAUUUGCCGACUGGAGGAGGACGAGAAGGGGAAGACGGGGUCAGAGAAAAGGAGAGGGAGCGGGAGGACAGGGAGGAGAUGGACGUUGAGCAGGAGGUGUGUCGUCUGAGCCGGGGGAUGGCUCCAGGAGUGGGCUCAGUGGGGAGAGGGAUGCCCUACCCAGGCAUGGUCCCUGUUUCGUCCACAUUGGGCCACAGUAUUACCUCCCCAGUAACUCCGGCGUCAGUCCUCAGCCUGGCUCCAGGCCGAGAGUGGGAAAUUGAGAAAGACUUGGAGAGGGAGAGAGACCUCCAGAGGAAACAGGAAAGAGAGAGGGAACGAGAGCGAGAAAGGGAGAACAGUGUAAAACAUCAGCAGCAGCAGCAACACCACCCGUACAUGCCACUUACCCCUGAAGAAGACAUGGAGGUGUCCCACUUUAACAUGGUCCCAAUGGGGGCGAUCAUACCUGGGGCCAAACCAAUGGCAGUUCCCCAACACCGCCACAUCGUCUCUAAGCCCCCGCCUGGCUACCUCAGUCCCCACCUGUCUGUGGUGCGGGGCAUCGGGAUCCCCUCCGCCCACUUGGCUUUGAACCCCCAUCCCCCUCCUUCACCUGUCCUGUUAGGCCUUGACCCAGCAACCGCAGCAGCUGCAGCAGCUGGUGCUGUCCUCACCACCCCCCAGCUCCCUCCUCUCCCUCCCAUCUCAUCAUCCACUGCGUCCUCCUCCAGAGUAGAGAAGGCCUCAGGAGGAGGUUCUUCCAGCGGAGGAGCAGGUGGCGGUGGAUCCGGAUCAGGUUCGACCUCCUCCUCUUCCUCACGUUCCCGCACCCCGCUGACAGCUGCCCAGCAGAAGUACAAGAAGGGAGAUGUGGUGUGUACGCCAACAGGCAUCCGGAAGAAGUUCAACGGGAAGCAGUGGAGGAGACUGUGCUCUCGGGAGGGCUGCUCCAAAGAGUCCCAGCGCCGGGGAUACUGCUCCAGACACCUCUCAAUGAGGACCAAGGAGAUGGAGGCCAGUGGAGGCGGCCGGGAGCGGGGCGGAGCCAGCAGUACAGGGACCCUAACGCCCUCUGACCUCCGACUGGGAGGUGGGAGAGCCAGCUCAGAGUUCGACUGGGAUGAGACGUCACGGGAAAGCAGUGAGGCCAGCAGCCGCGGAGGAGACUCCCGUCCCCGCCUUGUCCUUCCCUCUCUGCUCCCCCAGGACCUCUCUCGUUUCGACUUUGAUGAGUGUGAGGCAGCAACAAUGUUGGUCUCCCUGGGGGGCUCCCGCUCAGGCACGCCAUCAUUCUCCCCCAUCUCCAACCAGUCGCCCUUCUCCCCCACCCCGUCGCCUUCACCCUCUCCACUCUUUGGCUUUCGCCCUGCCAACUUCAGCCCCAUCACUGCUCCUGCCUCACUUACACCACGCCGCCAUCGCCAGCUCAGCGGCACUAAGAUGGGCACACCAGGUGCUGAGCGAGAACGCCACCUGUCGGGGAUUGUGCCCACUUUUCAGACCAACCUCACUUUUACUGUUCCCAUGAGCCCCAGCAAGAGGAAGCUCGACACUCACCCACCCCCUCCACUGCCGACAGUUCAGGACUACCAGACCAAACCUGAGCAGCAACAGCUUGUGGGUGUAGGUGGGGGGUUGGUGGGAGAGCCAUCCCUGGGCCACAGCCCUGCCGCCUUCAGAGUCCUCUCCCCCCAGAGUCAGCCGACAACUCCCUCCUCACUCUCUUUUCCCCGGCCCCGUAGCGCCACCAGCAGGCCACCAUCAUCAGCCGCUUCCACGCCUCCACCAAUGCUGGUCUCUCCCACCCCUCCCUCCCCUCUACCCCAGGAACCCUCACCACGGCGCAUCGUGCCCCUCCGUGAUUCCCCGGUCAUCGUACGCAACCCGGAUGUCCCCUUGGCCAAGUUCUCUGAUGGCCCAUUAGGAAGGAGAGAGAGAAGCAGGUCCAGGGAGCACAGCCAGCCCCAACACACUGCUCCCCCCGGCCUUCAGGCCCCCGUCCCUAUCAAUGGGGCCACCACCAAUGGUGCAGUUCUUCUGCGCAACCCCACAUCAACACUUGUCCUGGUCACCUCCAGCUCGUCCUUGACCCCAACCACGAUGAGCCACACAUCCCUGUCCAGCCCCUCCACCCCCGGGUCGAUGUCCACCUCAGUCCUGUCCUCCUCUGGCUCUGGAGGCAGGGAGAGGGAGAGGAAACCUGAGGGACACCAGGACGCCUCUGGAGGCGCACUGCCACAGCCGGUAGCCUGUCACCCGACGCCGACCGCCCUGCUGCCACUCAUACUGCCAGCUGAGUCACCUCACCCUGCCCCACGCAAGCAAAUCAUCAUGGGACGCCCGGGGACUGUUUGGACCAACGUGGAGCCUCGGUCGGUGCCAGUGUUCCCUUGGCAUUCGCUCGUCCCUUUCCUGGAGCCCAGCCAAUCAGGAGUGGCUGCCCAGCCUGCUGAUGGCCAACAGCUUGUCAAUCAGAGCAAAGAGCCUCGCUGCGGCGUGGCCCUGGUGAGUGACGGUCGCACCGGCCCUCCAGACCUAGAAAGGGGCUCGCCAUCAUGCCCUCCCCCGACCAAUGACAAUCCUCCUACAGAUAGGGGCGGGGCUGACAGCGAGACAGAGAGCGAUACAGAUGACCCGUUCUCCCCAGGUGUGGCCAACGAUCCAGCGCCCUCCACUGGCCCCAUGAAGAGACGCACACAGUCCCUCAGCGCCCUGCCCAAGGACGGAGACAGGAAGAGGGAGAAGGACCACAUCCGCCGUCCAAUGAACGCAUUCAUGAUCUUCAGUAAACGCCACCGGGCCCUGGUGCACCAGCGACAUCCCAACCAGGACAACCGGACAGUCAGCAAGAUCCUGGGGGAGUGGUGGUACGCCCUGGGGCCCAAUGAGAAGCAGCAGUACCACGAUCUGGCCUUCCAGGUGAAGGAGGCCCACUUCAGAGCCCAUCCGGACUGGAAGUGGUGCAACAAGGACCGCAGAAAGUCGCUGUCAGAGGGCCGCGGGACGCCAAAGGAGGCGCGAGAGAGGAGCAUGUCAGAGAGCAUAGAUCCUCUGUCAGAGUCCCAGACGGUGGAAGAGAAGGGAGGAGGUUCGGGCUGGCCAGGGGGAUCGGAGCGUCGAGGGGGGCUGUUUAUAGGGCAGCAACCCCGCCCCAGAGCCUUUUCCCAGAGUGCCGUGCACACUCUGGAGCAGAGGGAGAGAGAGAGAGACCUGGAGAAGGAGGAGGGGGCGAGUUUGUUUCGUAGCCGGCCCCCGCCUCAGUCCCUGUACCAGGGCGGGGCCAGCGAGGACAUGACCAGUGAUGAAGAGCGUAUGGUCAUCUGUGAGGAAGAGGGGGACGAUGAUGUCAUGGAAGAUUCAUGUCCAGAGGGUUCCAUCGACCUCAAGUGUAAAGAGAGAGUGACGGACAGUGAUGAGGACGAACCGGAUGGACAGCAUGGCUUCCAGCCAGUGGCCCGCUCCUCUCUCCCCUCCUCCUCUCCCUCCAUCCCUCCGUCUGACUCCACCUCAUAUAAAGGGAAUGGAGCAGGAGAAGGAGGAGGCGGAGGUGCUGAAGAUGGGUCUGAAAGAAAGAGAAAGAGAGGCACAGACGGAGGAGAGGAGGGCAGUGAGGGAGGACCCAAGAGAGAAGAGACAGCAGCAGGUGGAGGAGAAGGAGGUGGUGGAGGUGGGCAGGGUGUCUCCUCUCUGUCCAUCACAGGCUCAACAUCCAGCUCCCAGGUUCCCCUCACUCUGGCCCAGCAGGGUCUGACCCAGGUCCUCGGCGGCGUCCGCAUGGCUCCCACUAUGGUGACCAACGUGGUACGACCCAUCGCCAGCACACCCAUCCCCAUCGCCAGCAAGCCAGUGGAAGGAGCCGUCACCCUCAGCUCACACCCCCAGGACAAGAAAGCCACGCUCCUGAUUGGAGGAGGCGGAUCUCAGCAGCUGCCAAUCACCGCAGGGGGUGGGUACCUGUCCUCAUCCUCCUCUCCUGGUCCAGUGAGUGUAACCCCGGUGGGGGGCAGCAGCCUGGUCACUAGCCUAGUUCUGGGAGGGUCCUAUCCUGCUGCCCAACCAGUGCAGCUCCUCACCCCGCAACCCCCACAGCCGCACACACAGGCCCCCCUCCCCGUCCUCCAGCCCCAGCUCCACCCCACUGCCGCCAUCUCCUCUCUCACACCUCCCUCCGGCUCCAAGCCGCUAACGCAGGUCCAGUACAUCCUGCCCACCGAGAACCCCUCCUCCCCUCAACUCACCCACCAGCAAAUCCUCUCCCUGCCCGCCAAUGCCGCCCUGGCCAAUGGCGUACACUCGGGGGCGGGAAUCAGAGUCAGCCCCGGGACCAGAGUCCAAACCCAGUCGCCGGUCUUGCAGAGCAAGAUGUUGGUUCCCAUGGCAACAGUGAGAACAGGGUCUACUCCUCCUCAUCCUUCCAUUUCCCUGGUGGCUCCGCCUCUUCCUGUGCAGAACGGACCUGCAACAGGAAACAAGAUCAUCCAGAUCGCUCCCAUGCCUGUGGUCCAGACCAACGUUCACCCUAGCGGUGCAGCAACAGUACAUCCUGGGAGCCCCUUUCCUGUUUCCAUGGCAACGGUGAUGGCUCCUGGUGCUGCGCCCCCGCAGACUGUUCUUCUGACCUCCCCACCCACCAGGAUCACUUAUGUCCAGUCUGGUCCAGGAGUUACCACAGCGACGCCCCAACAGGCCACACCCGCUCCAGGCCCAGCGUAUCUCCCAUCAUCUCUGGCCACUCUGGGAUUCACCGCCAUCGCUCCGGGCGGGCAAACCCUGGUACAGCCAAUUGUCGGUCAAUCGCCUCUGCUGGCUCCAGCCCCGCCCCUGAGCUGUCAAUCACAGACUCCCCCUGGCCAGGCCGCGGCGACUGCUGGUCGUCAGGUACUAACUGCCAUCUACCCUGCACCGACUGUUGGGCUGCCUACCGGCGUGGUCUCUGUGACGACCGUACCGCCUGCAGUAGGAGCUUCGGCCCAAGACGUCAUAAACCCCUCCUCUCCGCUGGCGACGGGGCUGCAGGGUUCAGCGGUAGUGACCCUUCAGCCCAGCGUGGGAGCGGAGGUGGAGCCGAAGGUGGAGGUGAAGAGGGAGAGGGACAGUCAGCUGGAUGCUCAGACUGAGGAUGGAGGGCAGGGGGUGUCAUUGGCCAACUGUAUGAUCAAUUCUGCAACAGUAAAAAAAGAGGAGGACAUCAUCGGCCUUUACAUCAAAGAGGAAAAUGUGCGAGAUGGACACAGCAGGGACAAACGAAAUGAAACCGACACAGAGCGUGAGAGAGGGAUGAGGGAGAGCAGUGAGAAGAAGAGAGGCAGAGAGGCAGACAGAGAGGACCACAGCAUGGGCGACGGCUGCAAAGAGGCUGGACCUCGUUCCCCUCUUCCACCCCCCUCAGGUUUGGACCCUCCUCCCCCUCCCCCUGCAGAAAGAGAGCCCCCCUCUUCCUCAAAGAAGACCAAGUUUCGACCCCCACCGCUCAAAAAGACACCCGACUCACUUGACAAGGUCUUGUCUGAGACAUACUUCGAGGAGCGUUUUGCUGAGCUUCCAGAGUUUAAUCCGGAGGAGGUCCUCCCCUCGCCCACCCUGCAGAGUCUGGCCACCUCGCCAAGAGCCAUCCUGGGGAGCUACCGCAAGAAGAGGCGCAACUCCACCGAGCUGGAGGUGACAGCAGAGGACCCCAGCUCCCCGAGGAGGAAGACUCGACGUCUGUCCAGCUGCAGUUCGGAGCCAAACACCCCGAAGAGCGCCGCUAAGUGUGAGGGAGACAUCUUCACCUUCGACAGAGCAGGCACAGAAGGAGAGGAUCUCCUAGGAGACUUGGACCGAGUCCCCUACUCGUCUCUGCGCAGAACUCUGGACCAGCGGCGGGCUCUGGUCAUGCAGCUGUUUCAGGAACAUGGUUUCUUUCCAUCAGCUCAGGCGACUGCUGCCUUCCAGGCUCGCUUCUCAGACACGUUCCCCACCAAGGUAUGUCUGCAGCUAAAGAUCCGCGAGGUCCGGCAGAAGAUCAUGCAGACGGCCACGCCCGGAGCCCUCGAGCCCGGGGGGUCAGCUGAAAUCAACCCUGCCCCAUCCCACAGCUCCUCUUUCAAUCAAUCAGCCCGGGAGGACGGAGGGGCGGAGCAACAAGGAGACAAAGGCCGGAGCCCGGAGGGGCCGAAAAGUGAAGGAUCAUAAGCUGGAGAGGAUGACAAAGCGGAAAAAAUCAAGGAGAAGAAGAAGACGAGAGAGGGGAGUGUGUCAUCCCCGCGGAAUGUUCUUGUAUGUGUUGAACCAGUACUAAGGAUUUCUCCAGCAGGAUCUCUUCUACUGGCACUAAUCUCCACCAGACCUGGGCAAGAAAUACAUUUGAAUAUAUUCAAACUACUCAACGUGCGCUUGAUUUGUCUGAUCAGACAAAAGAAAGCCUCAAAUGUGGACAAAUCAAAUGCAAGUUCUGAUGAGUCAAGUGCUUCUUGUAGUGUUGUUUUCCCUUUUCUUUCCCAAGUAUCCAGAGUAUCUUCAGUUCACACUCUGCCCAGGUCUGAUCUCAGCACAUUUGUACAGUAGUUUGUAGUUUGACACACAAACUCUGUGGUACACACUCUCUAUCUCUCUGGCACACACAAACCCUGGUGCAUAUGUAAUCUCCAGCAUGCACAUGAUCCCACACACACACACACACACACACACACCACACACACACACACACACACACACACACACACACACACACACACACACACACACACACAGACAGACACACACCCUUACCAAAUCAGACUGUUACUCUUGGUUGGCAGUCCCCAGGAGCCGCCACCAAGGACCAUGACACACAAAGGCACUUUGUCACUUAUUGUGCAGAUGCAGUUUGCUGUUGCCAGCCAGCCAGCCAGCCCUCAGAUGCCAUUGACUUGACCUCCUUCUCGCCCCCUCCACUCCUCAGCACAGUGGUCGGGACACAAACACAACCCCAACGACCUCCACUGGUAUUCCACAGCCCCUCGAUGCUGCAAGACAGACAGCACACACACACACACACACACACACACACACAGACACACACAUACACACACACACACACACACACACACACACACACACACACAUGCAGAUACACACACAAACACACGCGGUGCAUGGACACAUCUGUGCAGUGUGAGCACUCGUACACAAACAUAGUCAACCCUGGUCUGACCAAGCCAUUGGCCUGCACAGUUUUUAGUGAUUGUAGUGAGAAGAGAAACUGAAAGCAUGAAAUCUAUUUGCUCCUGGAAAAACAAAACGAAGGCAGGAGCUGGGAUGUAGUGUGACCAAUCUUUGCACCUUCAGUUAUUGCCAUUUUGAAAGACUGAGUCCUCAUUGGUGGGAGCUGAUUAUAUAUGUCUGUAUAUCUGUUGGGGUCCCCUCCCCGAAAACCUGUGUGAACAGGCACCAUAAAGAGAUUAUGUAAAGAGACUAUUGGUUGUGAGGCUUUGAAGAAUCAACGUUAAGUUCGACACUGACCGGCUCCCAGCAGAGCACAGAGAAAAGGCAGAAGAAGAAACUGGAUGAUGUUCAUUGGAUGGAAGAUUCAUAUUGCAACAAUAGGAAGACAGGUGAUGAUAGUGAAUAAGGACAAACAACAACAUGACAAGCUUACAACAGAGAGAAAAGGUAGAAUUUUAACCAAACUUCUCUGAAUCUCCCAGUGGAUAUGAUGUUGCUUUCUCUCGUUAUCGUUGCCGUGGAAAUAACCAGUUUUACCGUGGCCUGUUUUUCUCUCUCGUGGCUCUAUUGUGUUUCUUCUCCAGCAUAAAAAAAAUCACAACAAAACAAAAACAACAAAAAAAAAAAACUCUGGACAAAGAAGGGGACAAAAUCAGUCUGUGGCCCCCCACUUUUAAUUGUACCUGGGGUGGUUCUCCCCCACUCCCCUCUCCCACAAUUUCUCACCAGACACAGAAGUGGGGGAGCAGGGGCGUUUGUCGUUUUGUAAAACGUUGAAAUCAGGUGUUUGCACAAUUUGUGCGGCCCUUCUUGUGUGGGACCGCCGUAAGUUAAAUCAGGAAAGUAUUGUUUUUAGAGAUUGUUUUAGUAGAAAAAAUAAUAACCUUGUUCCGUAUGUUAUCAACCACCUUUUCCUCCCCCUUGUCCUCCCUGCUUUUUCCCUCCUCUCAACCCAUUUCUCCCCAGUCCUCUCCUCCCCUCUUUACCCCUCUCCUCACCCAUCUCCCUCGACUCCUCAAGUGUUGUUAGAAAGUGCCCUUAAGCACUGGUCCCGGGUCAAGCGCUAUGUAGCUCAGGAUGGUUCUGGUUAGGGUUAGUUCAGGGAAAGCAGAUCCUAGACCAGCCCUGGAGGGCAGUCUCUGGAGCCCUCCCCUCUUCCCUCUCUUCUUGACACUUUAUCCUUUCCCAUCAAAUGGUGCAAUAGGACUUUUUUUUUUUUUUCUUUGGAAAUGGGUGGGUUAUUUUGUUUUGGGGGAAGGCUCUGUGCCAUAGAUAUUAAAUCCAGUGCAGUCAGUCAGUGAGAGGAAUGAGCUGUUGUGAUACUAUCUUUAACUAUGGUAUAAAACAAAACAAAAAAGAAUCACACAAUUAUUGUUAUUGUUGAAGAGAUAGAGAGUAUAACUUACUAAAAGUCAAAGACAAUUUUUGAAUAGCACUUUUUGGCUCUUUGCUUCCUUGGUGAAGAGUGGGGGUAGUUAUUAUUAUGGGUAUCUCUUUUAUUUCUCUGUAUACAGUUGGAUGUGUGAAAAAAAUAUAUAUACCGAUAUUUCUAUAUAUGUACAUUUAGGUCUGUGUUUGGGUGUGUGUGUAUGUUUUGGCACAUGCAGGUAGCGUGUUAACACAACCAACCUCUUGUUCUUUCACCACACAGCAACAUUAUCGAUAGUAUAUUUUUCAUUGUAUUCUACAUUCUAUAUUCUACUCUAGAGACAGUAUUUUUAUAGUCACCAUGACUAUUUUGUCUGCCAUCUUGACUGUUAUCAAACCCAGUUGAUUCAGGAUAUAUAUCAAAUAUAUAUUCAGGAUAUACAAUAUAUAAAUAUAUAUAAAUGACACACAGGUAAUAGAAGACUAUCAACUCACUUCUCUUUGGGGUUAGGGCUGUAAAGUGUCCAUCUGCAUGCAUGUGCAAUCACAUGCACGCGUGCACACACCCACACAGACAUAUGUGCAUACACACACAUGUAUGCGUGUACACUGUAUGAUUGUGCUUAAAAAUAAACUGUCCUUACUUUGGAGAAGGAAUUUUAGGAUGAGCGAGGUGAGUGUUAUCUCAUAAGCAGGCAUGUUGACCAUGUGCAAUAUUUCUAAACAACAACAAAAAAACUAAAUAUUGAAAAUAUUAAAGAUCUAACACAAA